AUGAGCGAGCAGGCUUCUGGGGCGACGGCCACCUCGGCCUCGCAUCCAUACACCUGCAAUACUUGCCAGGUUGCGUAUCGCAACAUCGACCUGCAGAAGGGUCAUAUGAAGAGUGACUGGCAUCGAUACAACCUCAAGCGCCGAGUCGCCUCGUUGCCCCCCAUCUCCGCUGAUGUGUUUACCGAGAAGGUUCUGCAGGCCAGGGCUGCAUCAACGGCCGAAGCCGACAAGGCGUACUUCGAGCGGGCUUGUGAGGUUUGUCAAAAGACAUACUACAGCGAGAAUGCGUUCCAGAACCAUCUGUCCAGCCAGAAGCACAAGGCGAAGGAGGCGACAACUACCACCAACCCCGCCCCAGGUCGAGCCGACGACGAGACCACCUCUGUUGUAAGCUCUACAUUUUCCCUCGGGGAACCUGUAGCCAUUGGGCGAGAGGAAGUCGACUCAGAUGCGGAAGAAGAGUUCAACCAUGUUGUCGAAGGCCUGCAAAAGGCACGCAUUGCUGAGCAGAGACCCUCACCCGUGAAGCGACCGUCCAACCCUCGACCAUCGGCCCAAGACCCUGAACAUGAACCUGAUGCAGCGCGCGCUUCCGACUCCAAGACUCCCGUUCCAGCCGCUCAAGAACCUACUUCUACUUUGGAGUCGUGUCUUUUCUGCAACUAUUCCUCUCCCACUGUCUCACUCAACACACACCACAUGGAGAGGUUCCAUGGCAUGUUCAUCCCCGAAAAGAAGUACCUAGUCGACCUAGAUGGCUUGCUCAAGCAGCUGCAAGACAAAGUUCACCAACACCAUCAGUGCCUAUACUGUGACAAAGUCAAGUCCACAGUUUUCGGUAUCCAGACGCACAUGCGCGACAAGGGCCACUGCAAGAUCCCGUACAGCAGCGAAGAUGAGCAGCUCGAUAUUGGCGACUAUUACGACUUCAGAAGCACCUACUCAGAUGAGGAAGAAUUGAGUGAUGAUGAGUCUGUCGUCGAUGACAAGACCGGAGGUGCGAAGCUCGGAGCCCGGCGUGUGGCCAAGGUGACUGCCGAAGACGGAGAGGACGUCGAGGAAGGAGGCGAUGGGGAUGGCUGGGAGACCGACAGCUCGGCAUCUUCACUGGACUCUGCUGAUCUCACUGCUGUCCCAGCCGAAGGACACAUCCAUCAGUUUGAGCGUUUGGAUAAACAUCCUCACCAUUCACGACAUGACACACGGCAUCGGCACCAGGCUGAUGGUUGGCAUUCGCAUGCUCAUAAGCCUACCCGUGCAGUGUUCUACGAUGACUACGAAUUGCAUCUUCCCUCUGGCAAGUCUGUUGGCCAUCGCUCACUAAACCGGUAUUUCCGCCAGAAUUUGCACAACCACCCCUCCCCUGAAGAGCGGGCAGAGCGCUUGGCUAUCGAAGAAGCGGCACAAGAUCAGGAAGGGUUGCCUUCCGAUGGUCAGCUGGUCCAUGCGAAUGGCAGGUCCCGUGAGAUGGUGCCUCGUGGUAUGGGAGGCAUGGUCGGUGUCACAGAGCAACACAAGCGCGGCGCUCGCAAGGCUGAGGAGCGCGGCCGGACACUUGAACAAGUGCAUACAAAGAGGAACGACUGGGCGUAUGGGAAGAAGCUGAACAACCACAAGAAUUACUAUUACCGCGAGAAGGGUGGUGGUUAA